AUGGCAAGAAGCCUGUUGCUAGUUUUUCUCCUACUCGCGACCAUCCAGUUGUCCCUUCAGGACCAGAAGCUUAGGGAUGGAAAUCAGGAGUUUAGCUACGUUUGGUCUAAGCUACAGAAGACUGAUAGGCAUUGGAACUUUCUGGCUUAUUUGCGACUUGCAGGAAUAAGCUCCUUGUCGAAGCUGCUUUCGACGACCGAGACUGGCAUCACAAUCCUCGCUCCUGUGGAUCAGGCUUUCGCUCAACUCAGCGACUUUAAUGCGACAAGGAUCAGAAAGGAUCCCGCCUUCUUGACGAAGACACUGCAGCUGCACAUCCUUACUCCUAAGGCCACCGCCGCUAAGCUUCAGCGAGAUGCUUUGGGUACAGAGUACCAGACACUUGGUGCUGCUGCCCUAGAGAAGCGCAACUCAACAAUUCCCGGCAAGGUUCAGCUCGUGCUGAAGGGGUAUACAACCUAUACAACCAUUCUGACAUUCUCUUUAUCAGCAAGACCUCCCGCAAGCGUCCAUUCCGUUAGCAAUGUAUUGCUGCCAAUCUAG